CUAGAAACCACUGUGCUGGUUUGACGGCACUGCACAACGAUCGGGACUGCCAGUUCUGUCAGGAUAGUAAAUCCAAGGGAUGUACUAAAAAAGCCUUAGGAUACCCUUGCCCGGGAAUUUAUUAGGAUUUAUCUCUAUCGAACUGAGGAUACCGCCAGCAUGUUUGGGAGAGGGAAAAUGGAGCUCUCUGAGAGCUCUCAUAUUCUUAGGGAAGAUGGGGGAGCACAGCCCCACUUCCAGAAAGCUCAGCCACAGCCGCCGCCGGCUGACCUACAACUGGAGGAAAAGAAUGAAACAAAAUCUAAGUCACCGGGUGAAACGCCGUGUACGACUCCAGACAUAUCCAAUGACACAUACCAACUUGUUGGAGAUGGGGACUUCGAAAAGAAGGACAAAUCAAACAUUCCGAUGGCUAGUUUUAACUUCAUCAAUUCAAUUAUCGGCUCCGGUAUUAUAGGUAUCCCCUUUGCCCUCCGACAAGCGGGUUUUGGGCUAGGAUUAAUACUCAUUGUACUAGUAGCUGUUAUAACAGAUUAUUCCGUUGUGUUGUUAAUUCACGGUGGAAAUUUAUCAAAUACGAAUACAUAUCAGGAUUUGGUGAGAGCAGCAUUCGGUCGGCCUGGUUUUUAUGCACUGACAUUCAUGCAAGGCCUCUAUCCAUUUAUAGCUAUGAUAAGUUAUAAUGUUAUUAUUGGUGACACAAUAACCAAGAUUGUUAUCAGAAUAGGCGGAGAAUCGAUCCGCUGGUCCAUCCUGGGCAACCGACAGUUUAUCAUAGCUGUAUGUACGAUCGUUGUAACUCUUCCUCUGUCACUGUACAGAAAUAUAUCAAGAUUAAGUAAGCUCGCCUUUACCUCGAUUGUGUUAAAUAUUGUGAUAAUCAUUGUAACAAUUAUUCGACUUAUCGUUCCGUUUCCCGAGAGAAUUCCCACUUCUGAUGAUGGAUGGGAAUUCGCCAAUACGCAAGUUGCCCAGUCUAUAGGCAUCAUGGCAUUCGCCUACAUGUGCCAUCACAACUCCUUCCUCAUCUACGACUCGUUAGAGAACAACACCCAAGAACGCUGGAGCAUGGUGACCCAUCUGAGUGUCAUCUUUGCCAUGGUCUGUACUCUCAUCUUCGGUAUCACUGGUUACGCCACCUUCACUGGAUUCACGCAGGGUGAUCUGCUCGAGAACUACUGUGCCAAUGAUGACCUUGUCAAUGUCGUAAGAUUUGUCUUCGCUUUGACCAUCAUGUUAACAUAUCCCAUCGAAUGUUUCGUAGUCAGAGAGGUGAUAGAAAAUGCGAUCUUUGCCAAUACCCAGCCUCAGCCUCUGAAAAGACACAUCAUAGAAACCGUGAUUAUCGUCAUAUUGACAGUUAUUAUCUCCAUGGCAACCGAUUGUUUGGGCAUUGUUCUUCAAGUCAACGGUGUCUUAGCGGCGGCACCGUUAGCCUUCAUCAUCCCACCAUUCUGUGUGAUGCGUCUCCAACAAGAGGCAGUCUUCUCCUUGAAGAACAUCCCCUGUAUCCUCAUAUCGCUCUUUGGGAUCGUCGUCAUGGUCGUUGGCGUCGUCAUGACGAUCUUGGACAUCGUCAACGGGAUAACCUGCAGUCAUGGAGAGGAGAUGCCAUAUUGCAUGACGGGUAACACGACACUAUCCACUGCGCAUGCGUACUUGAACACUAGCUCCCGGCACACGACGACACCUGCCUUCACUUGAACUCUGACCUGGAAAGAAAUGAAUCGACAAAUUUGAACAAGUCUUCUGUUAUUCUUGAGUUUGGAUAAGUCAAGACUAUUCCUGAUUCAGAUCGACGAGGUGCAUCGGCCAGAGUAUUCAAAGAUACCAGUCCGGCAAACACUGUGAAUGUUACAUUUUGUUACUAAGUUUGACUGAAAAAUGUUACGAGAUGGCACAAUUCUCUGACAGCUAUGUUUAAGACCUGUAAAGUACCCAUGGUAUACAUUCCUGUUAGAGACGAAGGGUUGAUGCCUGACUGGAUGCCCAAUCUGUCAACCGAUCAUCUUUGAGGAGGUGAACUACAUGUAGGUUCCCUCAUCGGGAAAAACGGAUCCUUUGGUUCUUUCGGUGCUUCCUUCUUAUCAUGAUGCCACCAGUUAUGGUUGGGUACAGUCGCAUGUCUAGGUUAUGCUCUAGUGAUACAAGCAUAGAUUGUCUCUUUCGAUAGCCUUUUGUGGCAUUGGUGCCUUUUGACCGAAGUCAAAUAUAUAUACUCGUUGAGAGAGGGACGUGGAGAUGUUCACCUUAUGAUUGAGAGGUGCUUUAUGUAUUUAGUUUGAACAAACUAUAAAACGCCUAAAACUUUAGAUUGGGAAUGCCAGAACAUGUAUUAACAUAGAUGCGGUUAGAUUUAGGAGUACUGUAUAUAUCAUUUGUUUUGGGACUUGGCACGAAACCACCCAAUACUAUGUCAUGAGAUAAAGUUCUACAGACAGAUGGUGUAAAUACUUUUUUUUGUCCAGAGAAUAUCAAAGGGAAAUAGCCCAACUUGAGAAUGGUUAUUUCUCGAUAGCCUUAAUGAGUUUAUUUAACUGCUGAUACUAGCAGGCAUUUAUAUACUCAGAACAGUGGUUGUGUUCGUGAUUUUGUUACCGUUUAACUACUUGUUUAUUUCUGUUUGAAAAGCACUGUAUAUCUAAGCACUUGAGAUGCUUUUGAGAUUGUAUAGUUAUAGAGCAUAUCAAAUCAGCGAUACAUGUAGAUGUAGCAAGACAGUUAAAUAAUGAUACAGCCUGCCUUAAAGGACAAUAUGGGAAAAUUUGCCCGCCUCAACAUACCAGUAGAGUCACCUUCUGAAAAGUAGAGGAACUACAUUGUGUCCACAACGUAGAACAAUGCACAUUGCCUGUACAAAAUGACAACUCUUUUAUUUAGAAGGUUGCUUGCCUCGUAUUUUAAUACCAGAAUACCCUCAUUAGAAAUCGCAGGAAACAUUGUUUUUUCAGUUCCCAACAUAGCCGCAACAGAACCAAAGAUGUUUGCUGUUGAUAUAACCUUGGAGGAAUUAUACUCAAGUAUAAUUCCUCCAAGAUAUAACUGAACUUCAUGUACCAAUGUUGACAUUUUUCAUGGAAAUCGGGGUCACAGCUUCAUAAAGGUAUCAACAGAAUUUCAAAUAGGAUCUAGCAAGAAAAAAAGCAUUAUUGUAGACUAGAACAAAACAAACUGCGAUUGAAAUCUAUAUUUUUGCUAUUAACUGAUGAAUCUAUAUUCAAGCCAAAGUAUAACUAUAUAAUGUAUGUUGCUAUAGAUGACUGCUUGCACACGUAGAGUGUCUAUGUCAAGGGCGUAGAGUUAGCUUUCUAAAUGAUCCGCUAGGGGGCAUGUUUAGAGAUGACAGCACCAAGUAAAGUCAUAAAAUCCCCAGCGGAUGUUUUCAGAUCUGGGCGUUAGAAUAGACCACUAGAUAUAUUUUGAAUAAAAAUGAGUAUUUUUCACUGAAUUCUAUGUGUAAUAUCGCCUACACGACUGUAGAUGUACUAGUAGUAGUCUGUAGAGGAAGUAUGUAGUUGAUUAGCUGUAUGUCUUGGAAAAAUAUUCAAUUUUCAAAGUCUUCUUCCCUUGGCAGGUUCUGACCAAUGAGGUGGCGCCUUAGGCGUUACCAUCCCGACUUCGUUCCUAUACUGCAAUUUAGCCACGGACCUUGAAAAAUAGGCCCAUGUAGCAGAAGGCGCUAAAUAUACAGCUUCCAGUAUACUGUUAUGGCCUGCCAGUCUUUUGAAGAUACACCAUUGGCACCACCAUUUGGUCAGGACGUCGGCCUUCAUCAAUAUAUACAUUAUUGUGAUUUGUAAAUAAUCAUGUUGACGCCGUGAACAUUGGAACGAAGGUACUUGUAUGAAAUUGAAAGGUUGAAAGGUAAGCUAAAUGUCAUCGUCAAAAUGACGUUUUGAAAAUUUAGAUUUCAGGACGGUGCCACGAGGUUUCAUUUCAAUUACAAAAUCAAGAGCCCAGUAUUUUCGUUACAGCUAACUAUAAAUACUAUGAUAUUAUGAAAUUCAAGGUUUUCCAAUAGUUUAAUCUAAAAUAUCGCUGUUUGACAAAGGGUGUUAUGUUACUGUGAUAAAAUAAUUACGGGUCAGGGAGCAUCCCUGCGUGGCUAGUGUUGAACCUAUGGGUGGGUCACUCAAACAAAACUGAAACGAAAGUGCUGGGCGUUUAACAAUGUGAUACUAGAUGUAUUACGAAGGGGCGGUAUAAGUUUAUCAUUUAAAUGGCAAAUAGACCUAAGAGUGGAUGUAUGCGAUGUCCAUGUUACGCCAGAGUGUAUUACGUGUAAAGAACAAAGAACAAUCAAGAACAACAGAAUGAAGCCUGUGUUUUAUUCUUCUUUAUAUAAUCCCGAGGUGCGAUACAUUAUGUUUUGUGACAUACCCCCUCCCCUUACACAUACACACUUUAACCGGGAAAUCGGUGCCUCCCACUGUUUCAGGAUGGGGUAAUACAUUCUAUAAAACAGCGGAUUUAUGCAACAUCAAUUUAAUGUCAAAUCAUGAAAUACAGGAAGCCAUCUUAGAA